AUUUAAUUCAAGGAAUGAAUUUGAAAUGAAGUCACAUGAUUAUAUUUCCCGCUUCAUUAACGAUUUUAUAAUUUUCUUAUCUUUACAAUAAAAAAUGGCUGGAGGUAAAGCAGGCAAAGAUUCUGGAAAAGUAAAAUCGAAAGCUACUACAAGAUCUGCAAGAGCUGGCCUUCAAUUUCCAGUAGGUAGAAUACAUAGGCAUCUCAAAACUAGAACUACAAGUCAUGGGCGAGUGGGUGCAACAGCAGCUGUAUAUAGUGCAGCAAUCCUAGAAUACCUCACUGCUGAGGUAUUAGAAUUAGCUGGCAAUGCUAGUAAAGAUUUGAAAGUAAAAAGAAUUACCCCAAGACAUUUACAACUUGCAAUUAGAGGAGAUGAGGAAUUAGAUUCUUUAAUUAAAGCAACUAUUGCAGGAGGAGGUGUUAUUCCUCAUAUUCAUAAAUCACUUAUUGGCAAAAAGGGAAUACAAAAAGUUCCAUAAUUUUUUUAUAAAUUAAGUAUUUAUGUUUUAUUUAAUCAUUGUAAAUUUUAUAUAUUUAAAUAUACAAAGUGUUCAAAUAGAUAUAGAAUUGAAUUUU